AUGGCCAAAAACGUAGACCAGGAGCCAAGCUCGGUUUCGGAAUGCCCGGUCUGCUGGAACGCUUACGACAAUGUUUUCCGGACCCCCAAACUCCUGCGGUGUGGCCAUUCCUUCUGCAUUGAGUGCCUGGCCCAUCUCAGCCUCAUCGCUGCCACCCGGAACCAGCUGCCUUGCCCUCUUUGCCGCUGCCUGACCUUGCUGCCGGCCAACCAGCAGGUGACCGAACUGCCCACCAACGUCUCCCUCUUGCACAAGUUGGGCUUGGAACCCAACCACAUCAUCCUGGAAGGGCGGCAACUGUGCCUUAAGGAGCAGCGCAAGGCCAGGUACUUCCUGCGGCAACCCAGGGUCUACACCCUGGACCUGGGCGUGGACCCCGAACUAGGCACCCAGCCUUACUCCGAGAGCCCCCAACUGGCCACCGUGGCCAACACGCCCACCGUUCCUCGGCGCUCCCUUCUCCGAGAAUGCAUCCGGAACCCGCACCUCCGGAUCUUCACCUACUUGAUGGUCAUUAUCUUAAGCGUGACUUUGCUGCUCGUCUUCUCCGUCUUCUGGACAAAAAACUAUUUCCCAGGUUUGGGAUGA